UCCCCUGUCAUCUGCUACUACUUCCAUCUCCUUCAGCGCUUAUAUACACUAGUCCUUGAUUCACUAUGGGUUGGUUCGGUAAUGACUCUAACGAGGCUCAAGCCUACCAGGACUACCAGAACACGCCCGACGAGCACAAGGCCAAGAUCAGCCACGAGCUCAUCGGCGGUGCCGCUGCUUUUGAGGCUGCGAAGGCCUACGAGGACCACUGCGCGAAGAACGGCAAGCCGGCUUCGCACGCUCAGGCAAAGGAGGUCCUUGCUGGUCUCGCGGGUGCUUUCAUUGACCGUGAAUUCGAAACCAAGGGCCUCGACUUCGUCGACAGGGAGCGUGCUAAGCACGACGCCCACAAGAGGCUCAACGAGCAGGUUGCUCAGGAGUACUGAUCUUGCCGGACCUGAUUGAACUUUAUAUAAAAAAUGAAUGUAUAAUACUAUCUGACUCUGGGAGAGAGAUGUCUGCCAAUGAAUGUGUGGUUGUAUUUUGUGAGAUUGACCAACAUUGCUGGAGGGUGAAGCUUCUUCACCUACUCUAUAUGUCAAGUUAUG